AUGACGUCAUCUAAUCAGCAAAGGCGCAAGAAGCGGCAGGGGCAGCAGAAACAGCCAGGGCAACCAGAGUCUGCGGAAGCGGUCCAAUUGACGGGGGGAGAGGAGGAGGAGCAGCAUCCCGCGGCGGAACCGAUGGAAACUAGCGGGGCGGCGCAGGAAGCGCAAGCGGGGGCGCAAGCGGCGGAGGGUAGCUCAGGAGGCGCAGGGGAUAAGGAAUUGACGAGCGCCGAUUAUUACUUCGACUCGUACGCCCACUUCGGCAUACACGAGGAGAUGUUGAAAGACGCGGUGCGCACCAAGACGUACGAGGCCGCCAUCUGCGGCAGCACGUUUCUGUUCAAGGACAAGGUCGUCAUGGACGUCGGUGCUGGCACGGGGAUAUUGUCCCUCUUCGCCGCUAAAGCAGGGGCCAAGAAGGUGUACGCGAUGGAAUGCUCAGAGAUUGCGGAGUGCGCGCGCGAAAUUGUCGCAGCCAAUCACAUGGACCACAUAAUCACGGUGAUCAAAGGGAAGGUGGAGGACGUGGAGUUGCCAGAAGGGGAGAAGGUGGAUGUGAUUAUUUCGGAGUGGAUGGGCUAUUUCCUGCUCUAUGAGUCCAUGCUCGACACUGUGCUCUUUGCCAGAGACAAAUGGCUGACAAGCGGAGGCAUAGUGCUGCCGGACCACUGCGCACUGUACCUGGUGGCAAUAGAAGACGCGGAGUACAAGCAGGAGAAGAUCCACUUUUGGCAGUCAGUCUACGGGUUUGACAUGAGCUGCAUUCGAGACAAGGCCAUGUUGGAGCCUCUGGUCGACACUGUAGACGCCGAGCAGAUCGUUACCAAUGCAUGCCUUGUCAAGUCGCUCGACAUCAGCAAGGUGACAAGGGGUGAUCUCUCCUUCUCAGUGCCCUUCAAGCUUGUAGCGGAGAGGAAUGACUUCGUGCAUGCGCUCGUGGCCUACUUUGAUGUUGGUUUCACCAAGUGCCACAAGCCCAUUGGCUUCUCAACAGGACCCAAGAGCCGAGGCACGCAUUGGAAGCAAACAGUGCUAUACCUGGAAGACACCCUAACUAUGUGUGAAGGGGAAGCGGUUACUGGAACCAUGCAGGUGAAGCCCAAUGCUAAGAACCCUCGCGAUCUAGACAUAUCAGUGACUUACAAGUUUGAUGGUCGUAGAGGCAAGGCUUCACGCACCCAACAUUACCGCAUGCGGAGUUGGUUCAAUGCAGCGGCCUUCUGUCAUGCCAUGUGUGCGUUACUCAAUGCUGAUUGGCCACUGGCUGCGUCCGGACGUGCUGACGUGGACGCUGAGUCGUCGCCAGCUGGCAACCGUUGUGCAUCCCCUUCUGUGUCUUCUUUUGGACGAGUCUCAGAUGCUGCGUCAGCACUCGACGCCCGGAUGGCAGCAGUCGGAGUCAUGCCCAACCGGCAGUUUUGUCUUCUUCUGGUGGAGGCUUAUCUGAGGGACGGGAGGGUGGAAGAAGCGGAGGAGGCGUGUGAGAGAGUGAGGGAGGAGGGUUGGAAGGUUUCUGGGAAGGUUCUGAGAAGGAUUGUGCGUGCUUGGGCGAGAGAGGGGAGAGCGGGGGAGGCAGAGGAGGGAGUGAGGGAGAUGGUGAAGGAAGGGGUCCAAUUGGAUGUUGCCACGUGUAACAGCAUGAUUGGGCUGUAUGCUCGCGUGGGGGCGUAUGACAAGGCAGGGCGAGUAUGGGAGUGGAUGGAGGAGAAUGGCGGAGAAGAGGAGGAAACGGAAGGGGAGUGGGGACAGAGCGGAGGGGAGUGGGAAGAGAAAGGAGGAGCAGAAGGAGGAAGGAAGAGGAGAAGCAGCAAUGAUUGCACUCCAACGGAAGCAACGUAUCGUGCCCUCAUUCGCAUGUACACCCAUGCGGGCAUGCCCAACGAGGCCAUUCACGUGCUGCAUGCCAUGCACGCUCGCGGUUUUCCGUGGAGGGAUGGCCUGCUGGCGUCAGUCAUUCGCUGCCUUGCUGCUGCUGGCAGGUGGAGGGACGCUCAAGACCUGUUUCACGAAGCACAGCGCAUGGCCCAAGCCCUCGCAGACGAAGCAUUUGCCGAACCAGCACCGCAGGCUCGGCCCGAACCUGUGGUCUGGAGGAGCAUUCAGUUGGACCUUGCAGCUUUGGGACCGAGCCUGGUGUCUGGUGCUGCUUCGGGAACCAUCGAGCUAGACCCAGCAGGGAGGGAGAAGCAGGUGGAGGGUGGUGACUGGGGGGGCGGCGUGCUGUUAGGGGAGAGGCAAAGGCAAAGAGACGUGGCAGGGGAGCAGGGAGGGGUAAUAGCUGAGCAGAAGGACUUGAUCGGCGAGCAGUCGUACAAGGCACUGAUGGGUGCUUACCAACGCGCAGGGCAGGCGGAGCAGGCUGAGGAGCUGCUGCUGGCAAUGGAAAAGCGAGGCAUGCCCCUCACUGCGGACCUGUACCACAUGGUCAUGGACGCACAUGGCAGGGCGGGCAACACAGCAGCUGCAGAGGCCAUUCUGGAGAGCCAGCUUGAUUACACGAGACAACUUCCUGCCAAACCAUCUGCCAAACCAUCUGCCAAACCAUCUGCCGAACCAUCUGCCGAACCAUCUGCCAAACCAUCUGCCGAACCAUCUGGUGGACCAUCUGUUGAAUCAUCUGCCGCACCAUCCCCCGGACCAUCUGCCGAACUAUCUGCUGAAACAUCUGCCAUACCGUCCUUCUCAGCGUCAGCCCCAGCAGCAAUGAGCUUGAGAUUAGGUGACGAUGGCACCUCAUCAGCAGGUGCCACGUCAGCCACAAGUGCCACGUCAGCAUCAUCAACCGCCAGCACACCGUUCGCGCCGCCCAGGCCAGACAUCGUCCAGCUCACCUCCCUCGUGCACGCGUACCUGCGGGAGGGAAACUUCCAGGAAGCAGCAGUGCGUGUGCGGCAGAUGAGAGAGCUUGGGCUGGUCCCCACCUACAAGACGUGGGCCACGGUGGUGAGCGGUGCAGCGCGGUGCAGAGAUUUAUCAGACUGCUGCUCUCUGCUGGAAGCACUCUCCUUUGUGGGGUUUGACGUUCCUGAGAGGCUGCUCCUCCAAUGCGAUGACGACACCUGGACGGACAUCGACAGUCUGCUGACGUGGCUGCUGGAGAGGGAUGCCAGCUGGACCACAGAAGAAAGCAGCGGGAAUGGGAGUGCAGGGAAGGGUGUGGGGGAGGGCAGUGCAGCGAGGAGCACAGUCAACGUGCUGGUGGACCUGCUGUGGUGCUUUGGCCAGCGAGCCAGGGCCCACCGCCUCUUCCUCCUCUCCACCCACCGGGGUGUGUAUCCUCGGUUCAGUGCUCGAGCUGCACCAGACGACUGGAAGCUGGAUGUACGCACGCUCUCCCCCGGUGCUGCCCUUGUUGCGCUGCAUCACUGGCUUGACAUGGUGCAGGACGCAGCUCUCCAGGGUGUCCCAGCUCCCCGCCACGUCAGCAUCGUGACAGGUGGCAUGCUGCAGCGCGUCAGCAGCAGCACUGUGCCAGGUGGCAGCGUGUCAUUGAAGCGCACGGUGCGCAGCUGGCUGUGGGCCAUGGGGGCUCCAUUCCGAGCUGACGAGGAGAGAGAGGGCGUGCUGGCAGCGAGAGGGUACUCUGUGGAGAGAUGGGUCAAGGAUGCUCCAAGCUGUCAAGAUCUGUCAUUAGAAGACUCACCAUAUCCUACACCAACUAACACCAUGUGCAUAUAUGAAAAUGCUCUUAUGCGCACAGAUGUCGUGGCUUUGUUACAAGAGCUAGACGAGCACGGGUUGUUGGAUGGGAAAAGAGGACCUCCAAGGGUGAUGUCGCGGCUAUUGCGGAUUAAAGAGGAGAAGAAGGAUCAGUGGAUAAAGAUGCAAGCGGUGCUUACAGAGACGAGGGCGCAACGGGCUGCCAAGGCUAGGAAGAAACGUGAUAGGAACAGGGAGCUUAGGAAAGCACGGAAAACAAAAAGGUGA